AUGUCGCGGGAAGUUCGUCCAUAUGGUCACGGCAGCCCUGUCCUCGGCGAAGACGCCGAGAAAGCCCCCGGGCUGAGCGAGGUUGUCGCGUCCGGCGAUCGCCGGCCCAGAACUCUCCGGCGCGCUCUUACGGCUCUCAUCUCCGCGGGACCCAUCGAGGAGCGAGGUGUCAUGCCCGUAGCCCUGGAAGACAGGACGGCGACUAAUUACAGCAGCUAUUUCUCGAUAUGGGCAUGCGUCAACACCAACCUUCUACCCAUCACCUUUGGCAUGCUCGGCCCGCUCUACGGGUUAAGCCUGCGAGACUGCGCUCUGGUCAUCGUCUUCUUCUGCCUGCUGACCGCCGCGAUACCCGCCUACCUCGGGACGCUGGGCCCGCAGACGGGCCUGCGGCAGAUGAUCCAGGCGCGGUACUCGUUCGGGAGGUACCUCGUGUCGGUGCCGGUCGUGCUGAACCUGGCGACGCUGACGGGCUUCUGCGUCGUCAUCUGCGUCGUCGGCGGCCAGUGCCUGUCGGCCGUCACCGGCGGGUCGCUCGCGCCCGCCGUCGGCAUCGUCCUCAUGGGCCUCCUCGCCCUGCUCAUCUCCUUCUGCGGCUACCGGGUGCUGCACCAGUACGAGCGCUUCGCCUGGGUCCCCGCCCUCGCCGCCAUCGCCGUCGCGGUCGGCUGCGGCGCCGACCGCCUCCGCGAGCAAGCCCCCGCCCGGCCCGCCACCGCCGCCGCCGUCUUGAGCUUCGGCAUGAUCGUGGCGUCCUACAUGAUCCCGUACGCCUGCCUCUCCUCCGACUUCACGACGUACCUCAACCCCAAGUUCUCAUCAGUGCGACUGUUCCUCUACGGCUACGCGGGCCUCAUCCUGCCGUCGGUUCUGCUCAUGAUCCUCGGCGCGGCCAUCGGGGGGGCGAUCGAUAACGUCCCGGAGUGGCAGGAGGGCUUCGAGGCGACGCAGGUGGGAGGCGUGCUGGCGGCGAUGCUGUCGCGGGCCGGGGGGUUCGGGUCGUUCGUGGUGGUCGUGCUCUCGCUGACGAUGCUCGGGAACAUGUCGGCGACCAUGUACUCGAUCACGCUCAACUGCCAGAUCCUCGUGCCGCAGCUCGUCGUCGUGCCGCGCUGCGUCUUCUCCGUCGUCAUCACCGCCGUCGUCAUACCCGUCAGCAUCCGCGCCGCCGACGACUUCUUCCCCAACCUCGAGAACUUCGUCGCCCUGAUCGCCUACUGGUCCGCCGCCUUCGUGGCGGUCCUCAUCGAGGAACACGUCGUCUUCCGCCGGUGCCGGUACGACACGUACGACCACGACAGUUGGAACGUGGCUUCGCGGUUGCCGCUAGGGAUUGCCGCGCUGGCCGCCAGCGCCCUCAGCUUCGCGCUGGUUAUCCCCAGCAUGUCUCAGGUAUGGUUCAUGGGGCCGAUCGCGAGGCAUUCGGGCGAUAUUGGAUUUGAGGUGGCACUAGUCGUCACGGCAACUCUCUAUCUCCCCUUUCGCUUCCUAGAGAAGAGGUUCAGCGGUCGGUAA